GUCAGCCGUCCUCCCCAUCCCUUUUCAUUUCUGUCAGCUUGGCUUCAUGUUUACAACCUACACAGUUCAGCCGCUCCUGCGUGGAGUGCACUUAGAUGACAUUUCUGCUACGGGAACGUCAUCAUUGUCGAGGUCUUUUCUUGACAGACCCUCACAUGGAGGCCAAGCAGGGGGCGGAAGUAGUCCAGUUUCAAAAUCUUCAGGAAUAUUUAAUAGGAAUACACGACCUCUCAUUGAAUCUAUAGAUAAUUUUGAGAACCAUCUCUACCUUGGGACAUCUGAUGGGAUAUUGCUUCAUUAUACGAUUGAUGAACAAAUAUCUUCUGAAUCUGAUUUACCUCGCUCGCGUCUUGUCCAAAGGAAAACUCUUGGGUUCGGGAAGAAGGUGGUUGAGCGUAUCAUGGUUAUUUCGUGCCUUCGCAUGGCCAUUGUUUUAUGUGAUUCUGCCAUGACAUUCUAUAGCCUUCCGGGUUUCUCUCCGUUCGCCCAUCAAGUCUUACCACCUAUUAAAGGGGUUACAGCAUUCUGCGACGAUAGUUCACAAAGAGGUCAACUUGCCGAGGAUGGGAGUGUUCGCCUAUGCAUUACGAAGCGGAGGACUAUUCAGUUUUAUAGUCUUUGGAGCGACGCUAUAUCAGAACCAAGAGAAUUGAAUCUCCCCAAUGGCGCACUAGUUGUUACAAGAUGGAGGAAUAUCGUUUGUGUUGCGGACUCAAACGAUUUCAAUCUGAUUGACAUUCGAGUAGGCAGGAUGAUCCCAGUCUUACCCGUUGUACAAAAUGGGCCUGGGUCAAGUGCUCAGGUUCUCAAGCCUGUAUGCCUUCCAAUUGCAGAAAACGAGUUUUUGUUGGCCAGCGCUACCAGUUCAGGGCAGACAGCCAUUGGGAUAUUUUGUAGUGGAUCAGGAGACCCAGUUCGUGGAACACUGCAAUGGUCAAGCUACCCUAGAGCCUUGGCUGUGGAAUUUCCAUACGUUACUGCUCUUUUGAGAGGCAACAUAAUUGAAAUCCACAAUAUUUUGGAUCAAAAGUUAGUUCAGUCGAUCCGUCUUGAUCCUAGCAUCGAGUUACGGACACUUAUGCAAGGACCCGGUAUCACAGUAUGGAUGUCAACUUUGGCCAAGGUGCUCACUCUGUUAACAGGAAGCCAGGACACGCAACAAGGAGUAGGAAUCGAUCAAAAGCAGCAGGACACAAACAGAUUACCAAAUGUUCUUGCAAGGAUCCUAAUUGCUGGAAAGGACAGCGUAUCGGCGCUUGUAACAACUCCAUUAGUACUUCAUGCCGAUAUGCUUCUACAGCAGGGCCGUGUUGAAGAAGCAUUGCUUUUGUCUGAGAAGACUAUUGCCACAAUCUCUUCAGAAAACCUUCAUAGAGAGCGUUUGCAAAUGGAAUUGGAUUAUAUUCACCAAAAAUCGGGCCUCAUCUAUCUUGGUGAAACUUUGUUUGAUGAUGCGUUUGGGCUUUUUCAACGAGGAAGAAUGGAUCCACGAGUGCUUAUAUCCAUUUUCCCUGAUGUUUUACAACGAGUUGAUCUUAUGAGUCAAGUCAGCCUGUUUCGAGGAAUCAGGGAUCAGAUUGAACGGCUAAGAACUUUACCAGAUAUCAUUAAUAACCUAGCAAAAGCAGGUAGUGAACAGAGCGAGGAAUUUGGCAAGGUUUUGCUGGGAAAUGCAAAAGAAGUCUUUUUGCAAUACCUUACGCGGUAUCGGAAAGAGGGUAUAGCUCGUAAAAAUCGCCCACUUCCUCAAGCUGAGGCUACAGAUACGGCACUACUUGGGCUCUGGGUGGACAGUGGAGAUGAUGCCAGUUUAAUACAGCUGCUUAAUUCCAAUAAUCUAUGCAUCCCGGACUUGUGUGAACAAAAGCUUAAGGAUAAUGGUAAGCAUUAUGCUCUCUCGAUCUGGUACAAGUCUAGGAAGGAUUACAAGAUGACACUUUCUCUAUGGAAAAGUCUAUUUCUUGGAGAGGUUAAGGACAACUCGUUCGAUAUGGGACUUCAGGAUAUGGCUACGCUGCUACAAUCGCUCCAAGACAUUAGUCUUGUAGAGGAAUAUGGAUGGUGGGUCGUGGAACAGGAUGAAAGCAUUGGACUGAAGAUUUUCAUGCCUGGAGAAACAAAAAGGGCGGCAUUAUUCGAUCCGGACCAAGUGCUUGCAAAAUGUAAGUCAAAAAUCAGCAAUGAAGGACUCUUGACUUACAUGGAAUAUGUAGUUAUCCAGAGAAAAAGUGAGUCUUCAGAGCACCAUGAAAUGCUCAUACAAAUGUAUGUGGACAAUAUCAAAAGAUUGACAGAGGACAUGAAUACUCUCUCGCGACACAACGAAGUUGUAUUGGAAUUUACAAAUCUCCAGAAGCGAUAUUUACUUGGGCUCGAUGGAUCUCGAAAGUCUUCGGAUACAACCACUAAGGCAGCUCCAGUACUCUCAUACAGUAGUACUUUUGCUGCUUUUUUGCAUUCACAUGCAAAGUCGGAUCUUGUAUGCAGCUACCGCUCAAAGUUGUCAUUACUUUUGCAACUAUCUGUACACUAUACUGCUUCGACUGUCUUACCUCAAGUCGAAGCGGUUUCCCAUCUAAAAUUUGAAAAGGCUAUUCUACUUGCUAGGCUUGCUUGUUAUGAGGAAUGCAUCAAGAUUAUGGUUAAAGAUAUUAGUGACUAUCAAGGGACCGAAAUAUUUUGUCUGAAUGCAGGGGUAUUCAGGAGUCCAAGAAGGACAUCUAGAGGUCUCGCAUCAGAGGGUUCACAACCAAAGGAAUCUACGGCCGAAAUAGAAAAAAAAAAGCAGUUAUUCAUGAUUUUACUUCAAGAGUAUUUGCACCUGGCGCAGGAUCAGGGCAUGGUGGCGCUUGCAUUGUCUCUCUUGGAUUCACAAUCGUCAUAUUUGGACAUUGCAGAGGUCAUCCACAUGUUGCCGCCAGUUUGGUCAGUAGAAUUGCUCCAGCGUUACCUUGUAAGAUCUCUACGUAGGAGUUACCAUGAGUUUAAGGAAAUUCAGGUUGUCAAGGGACUCUCUCUGGGAGAAAACCUUCGGAUAAGCGAGGAGCUCUACCAGCUCUAUGAAGCACAGGGACCAGUAAUUAUUACCGCAGACGAUAUCUGUCAUGUAUGUGGUACGGCUGUAGCUGACACUGUGUUUAUGAGGACAGUGGAUAUGAAAGUGGUUCAUCUUCACUGUGGAUCGUUGCAGUCCUCGUCAUAGAUGAUUCAACCAAUAAUAAAAAACGCGUCUUG